AUGAAGAAUUUUUACUGGUUUAAGCAAAUCGCAAGCACCCAGAGCAAGCUGGAGAGGAGGCUGUCAUUGGGAGAGUACAAAAGAGCAGUUUCAUGGUCAAAAUACUUGGUGUCAUCUGGUGCUGAAAUUAAAGGUGGAAGAGAAGAAGAAUGGAGUGCUGAUAUGUCACAGCUUUACGUAGGCAACAAAUUUGCUUCUGGGAGGCACAGCAGAAUCUAUAGAGGGGUAUAUAAGCAGAGAGACGCAGCAAUUAAGCUUAUUAGCCAGCCUGAAGAGGAUGGAGAGUUGGCUGCAUUGUUGGAGAAGCAAUUUACAUCAGAAGUUGCUCUCUUGUUCAGGUUAAGGCAUCCCAAUAUCAUCACUUUUAUAGCAGCAUGUAAGAAACCGCCAGUGUUUUGUAUUAUCACCGAGUACUAUCCUGGUGGAUCACUGAGAAAGUACCUCCAUCAACAAGAGCCAUAUUCACUUCCCCUCAACCUAAUCCUAAAAUUGGCACUUGACAUUGCACGUGAUUUUGGCAUAUCGUGCUUAGAAUCACAAUGUGGCAGUACCAAGGGCUUCACGGGAACUUACCGUUGGAUGGCACCAGAAAUGAUAAAGGAAAAACAGCACACAAAGAAAGUUGAUGUUUACAGUUUUGGCAUUGUCGUGUGGGAACUUUUAACGGCAUUGAUACCGUUUGAUGACAUGACUCCAGAACAAGCGGCAUUCGCUGUCUGUCAAAAGAAUGCAAGGCCACCAUUGCCUUCUUCAUGUCCAAUGGCACUUUGCCAGCUCAUAAACCAGUGCUGGUCCAGUAAUCCCAACAAGCGGCCGCACUUUGAGGAGAUUGUUACUAUUCUUGAAAAGUACACAGAGUCUCUCGAGCGCAAUCCUGAUUUCUUUUCGUCUUACGAGCCCCCAGAGGGAUGCACUCCUUCGGGAUGCAUACCAAAGUGCAUUGCGCGUAGAUCCCCGUCUUCAAGGACAUGA